UCUGUUUUGUCCUGACAGCAUCCAAUGUCAAUUUGAAUUAGUUUGAAAGUCUGAGGUAAUGUAAUACUUAGUUCGUUGAAUUUAUUCAACAAGAUUACUACCAGUUCCAAAGUAAAGCAUUUUAAUUAUUAUACUCAGUUAAAUUGUAUCAAGCUGUGGUGCAGCGCUGCGCGCAUGCAUGGAAUGGUUUCCCAUAGAAUUCGUUUUCAAGACAGCUGGCUACCGUUUGCAGCUUCAUGUAAAUUUGGCAAGUGAACAACACUAACUUAUAACUUAGUCCGUAGCUACAGGUUUGUGUGUAACGUUUGUCAGUGAUUGGUUAGUUAGCUGUAAUUUAAUUGACAAACCCAGUCGUUUGAAUUGUUGUUGACAGGUACCCUCGGUUAUUGCGCUGACGAUAAACUUUAGACAAAUUAGCCAGCUAGCUACAGUAGCAGCUAGGUGUCGCUGGCUUUCUUCAUUGUCUUGGGCUGAAAGCCACAGGUUACAAGGUGAGAAGGUGAAAGUCAUGAGGAAGCGAAGUCAAAGAUGGAGUACAACACCUCCCUCAGUAACUGUGCGCAUCAACCCCUCCACUGCACACAGCCUUCAGCUAAAGAGAGGCCUUCGGAUGAAAAGACCAAAUAUUCAAGAGGUGCAAGGCCCGCCAGAGAAGAGUCAUAACGGCCAGGGUCGUGAGGACGCCGCUCAGGGAUAUCUCUCGUGGGGUCCCACUCUUGUGAUAAAGCGUCAGGAGAUGGCAGCUUACUUCAGACUAUUUGAUGAUGACCUCAUACAGGAUUUCUUGUGGAUGGAUUGUUGCUGUAAAAUCACAGACAAGUAUUUGCUGGCAAUGACAUUUGUCUACUUCAGAAGGGCUCAUUUCAGCAUUCAGGAACACAACAGAACUAACUUUUUCAUAGCACUUUACCUGGCCAACACUAUGGAGGAGGACGACGAGGAGAGCAAGUAUGAGAUCUUCCCGUGGGCGCUGGGUAAGAGCUGGAGGAAGCAGUUCCCAGGCUUCCUGAAGCAAAGGGACAGACUGUGGGCACGGACUGAGUACCGGGCAGCUGUCAGUCGCCGCUGUUGUGAGGAGGUAAUGGCCAUCGUGCCGACCCACUUCAUCUGGCAGCGGGUCCGUGCGGAGCACCACAGCGGGGCGCAGCGCCAGUACCGCGACCGGGACCAGGUCCACCUGCCCCGCGGGCCCUCUGCCGGCACCCCAGAGCCCUGUGCCCUCUGUGCCAAAACCACCACCCUCACCGCCUCGGCCUCGUCCACCUCCUCCUCCUCCUGCUCUUCCUGCUGCCUCGACGAUUCUUCCUCCACCAACAACAACAACUCCCUUGUCGUCUCCUCCUCCUCACCACUCCCCUUCUGCCUGUCACUCUCUCUAGAGACCACGCCGCCGCCUCCUCCUCCUCCUCUUCCUCCUCUUCCUGUCCGAGGCAGAGUGCCCUCCAGGACCAGCAGGCGGAACAGGCAACGGCGUGUCUGCAUCUGCUGCUCCCAGGACCCCAUAGCUGAAGACCUGGUGUGCGAGGCAGAACAUGAUCCUACAAUGGACUGGAUUGGUGAAGAGUAAAUUCAAAGACACACAUGUACUAUUUGAGUAUAUAUGUAAAUUAAUAUAGUUUUUUUUGUAGACAUUGAUCCACAAAUAGUUGGAUUUCUUAGUUCAUGUAUGUGUACCUGUCAAAAAGACUAGAUCUUUUUGUAACACUGCUUUUUGAAAAGAACAUAUAGUUUGAGCUUAUACAGGUCUGUAUAGGGUUCUUCAACCAGGUAAUGUGAAAACGCGUACUUCAACAGUUUUCUUCAAGUUAUCAGAAUCCAGAAACUGAAUUCUCAUUAGUUACAAUUAAUUGUAAAUAGGUUGUGUGAAUUACACAAACCUUCCAGACCUAAGGCCAAUGUCUUGAUAAAGUGUCACAACUCUAUGAUUUCAUGUUGUCUCACCCUCAGCUCUGGUCGGUGAGCGGCAUUUAUUUAUUUGUGGUCAACACCUGGCAAUCUAGGUCAGGUGUGAAAAUGUCUGCAGUGUUACCUGCAUUUACUCCAUUGGGCUCAUCCCCCAGAAACAUAUACUGUAUGAGUGCCCCCUCUAAUUAAGUGAUUGAGUGGCUGUUGAAAAUACUGUGGGAUCCAAGGGGAUUGUUUAUUGGUUUUGUGUUUUGACUCUAUAGCCACUGUGUGACAAUAAAUACUUAAUGGAAAGAA